UGUGGGAACGGAAAGGGGAAAAAGGACAGCGGCAAACUGGAUACCGGGCAGCUGCUCAUGAGGACGCUGAAGCUCUUCAGACCAGACGCUCUUUAUCUGGUUGCAGCUUUCGGUUUCCUCAUCUUAGUCGUCAUCUGGGAAGGUCAUCGACAUGUUACGAGGUGAAGUGCUUCACAGCAGCUUCGGUUACGCCAUCGAAUGGUUGGCAUUUGUCUCUCUUGGAAGUGUGCUGUUCUGUGGCCUGAGAGGAGGAACAUUCAAGCUGAUUUUAGCCAGACUGAACAAGAGGCUGAAGGGUUUGCUGUUUCAGAGCCUCCUGCAGCAGGAAGUGCAGUUCUUUGAGGAGAAUAACCCCGGAUCUCUUGCUUCCCGGCUGCACGAUGACGUGGACAAGAUGGGCCGGACGGUAGCGCAGAACGCUAACGCAGCGGUUUGCGGCAUGGUCAAAGCCUGCCUCAUGUUUCCAGUGAUGUUGAACCUGUCCAGGGAGCUGAUUGUGCUCACCUGCAUAGAGAUGCCGCUGGCAGCUGUAGUGCAAAUCAAAUAUUUCACCUUGAGAAGGGAGCUGGAGGAGAAGAUCCAGGACUGCCACGCUGAGAACAAGGACCUGGUUUCUCAGACCAUCAGCGGGAUCCGAACGGUCCGAAGGUUCAAGGCAGAGGAAGGAGAAGUGAGGAGGUAUCAGGAGGCCGUGGAGAGAAUGUGCAGCCUGAAGAGACGCUUAGAGAACUACGUCAUUUGUUUCGACUUCACACGGAGGCUGGUGAUAAUGAGCAUAGAGAUCUUGAUGCUGGUUCAGGGAUGGAGCCUCAUCUCAUCCGGUCGCCUCAGCAUCGGCAGCUUCGUGUCCUUCUUUCUGUACGAGAAGCUCAUGUCAGGGAAUUUAGGGGAGAUUCUGCACUGCUAUGAGGACACUGUGACCAAAGUUGGAGUCAUUUCCAAAGUGUUCGGAUACAUCGACAGGACGCCGAAGAGUAAAAAGGAGGGAGAGCUGGCUCCUGAGACUCUGGAGGGAAGAGUUGUCUUCCAGAACGUCACCUUCAGCUAUCCCUCAGCUCCAGAUAAACCAGCCCUGAAGUCGGUGUCGAUGGAGCUGCAGCCGGGGAAGAUGACGGCUCUGGUGGGACUCUCUGGCAGCGGGAAGUCGUCCUGCGUCAGCCUCCUGAAGAGGCUCUACGAACCUCAGGAGGGACGGAUCCUCCUGGAUGGAGAACCGCUGCAUCGCUACAAACACAAAUACCUGCAUCAGAAGGUAGCCCUCGUUUCCCAGAAUCCUGUGCUGUUUUCUGGCUCCCUGAAAUACAACAUUGAAUAUGGGCUGAAGGGCUGCACCACAGAGAAAAUAAAAGAAACUGCAGAGAGGGUCAAAGCUCAUGAUUUUAUCUCUGAAAUGGAGAACGGAUACGACACAGACGUAGGAGAGCGUGGAGGCAAACUGUCCGAGGGGCAGAAGCAGUGCAUCGCCGUCAUCAGAGCUCUGGUUCGAGAUCCGCAGGUCGUCAUCCUGGACGAGGCGACCAGCAAACUGGAUGUGGACGCGCAGCAUGCUGUUGUGCAGGAGGUUCUGGCUCGAGGCCGGACGGUUCUGAUCGUGGCUCAUCAGCUGAAGACCGUGGAGAAGGCGGACCACAUUAUCUUCAUAGAGAAGGGAGUGAUCAUGGAGGAGGGGACGCACAGCGAGCUGAUGGCCAGGAGAGGACGAUACCAUCGCUUAAAGGAGGAGCUUUUCUCUCAGAGCAGCUAAGAAAAGCUGCUGUAGUCUCUGUUUGAUAGCUGUGAUAAAAACUGGGUGGUUGAGUUGUGUCCUGAUUUUGGUCUGAUAAUGUUAAGAAACACUUUUAGUGGGGCGCCUGUAUAGCUGAAUGGGUUAAGCAGGCGAACCACGUGUAGGGGCUGGUCUCCAACGCAGCGGUCAGGGUUUCAUUCCCGCUCUCAGCCCUUUGCUGCAUGUCUUCCCCCAACUCUUCUCCCCCUUUCCUGUCUCUCUCUCGCUCUCCUAUCCAAUAAAGCCUCGAGAAGGCCAAGAACAUAAUGUUUAAAAAAAGGAAACACUUUUAGUUCAAAAAGCAUCUCCAUUAUUUAAAGCUGUGGUUUUAUCUGCAUAGAUUAUGUUUACUGUUUGCAUUGAGAGGAUUUGAGAGUAAAUCAGUGAAGCUACUCAGAGAGCAGCAACUUUAGACUGAAGGAAGUGAAAGUGUAGAAACUUUAUUGUCAGCUGAUGAAUUAUCAGUACUGUUUUACAACAACUGUUGUUCUUUGCUGUGUUUUGAAACCUCACACUCAUUACAUUUUUUGGCCUUUUUUUACACAAAAAAGUUGAGCUUUUCUUUCUCUCUGCAGCAGAUUUAUCAAAAGUAAAGGACAGCUUCAGUUUUCUAUGAUAGUUUCCUUUAACAGACCAUAAGACAGAGCAACACAAAGAUAACCCCAAAGACAAGCAAAUGAAACCAAAACUAUUCAAAAUGUCAGCAAAAAGAUGCAAAGUCACCACAACAAAAGACUAAACGACGCUAAAGAGACUUGAAGCAGUCACAAAGAAAUGCAAACCAACUUCAGUAAGAAGUGAAACAACUGUAAAGGAAAAGAAAACGGCAAAAAGAUGAGCAAAAUGACAACAGAAAGAUCUAACACUGCACUGAAAAGUUGUGAAAUGACCAAAACUGUGUUGGUUUGUCUGUCUGUCUGUCCGUCAACAACUUUACUCAAAAACAGACUAACGGAUUUGGAUGAAAUUUUCAGGGAAGGUCAGAAACGACACAAGGACCAAGUGAUUAGAUUCUGGCAGUGAUGUGGUUUAUAGUCUGGAUCCACGGACUGGUUAAAUAUUUCAGAAAUGAUACAACGACUGAGUGGCCUUGGCAGAAUACUGCACUCUGAGUGCUUUCGAGUUAAUUUUUACUCUUUUCAAUAAUUAUAUUUUAGCUGCUAUGAUUGUAGAUUUUAACAUUUCUCUUUGAUAUCUGUCACUUGUGAUGUGUCCCAGACCCAUUCAAUGCAAUGAAUUACCCAAUAUAAAACAGUCUGCCAUGUAUUAUGAUUGAAUUACCCAAUGAAUGUACUGUGAGUAUAAUAUUUGAUGUAUUUAUUGCACAUGUCACAGAUUCUCAAUCAUUUCAGAGUUUUAGCUUCAAUAAUUUCUGAGAUAUUAAUUUUAUUUUGAAAGUGCUGGAUACACCAGGUGAUAAUUUGACAUAUUUGUUUAUUUAUUUAAGUGUUUAAUUAAUAUGAAAUAAAAGAGCAUUCCAUUCCA